UUUCAAACUUAUAAUAAUUAUGAACGUGGUAAUAUUUAUAGCUGUAUUUUUGGGAGUUUCGGUAGGAUAUGAAGUGCUGAACACUCCUAGAGAGAUCUUGGCGUGUCUGAAGAAUACUGAGAAAGUAGUUUGAGGGAGCGAUUUUGGAACUAAUCCGAAGAGAUAUUGCUGUGAUCCGUUUGAGAAAGAUUACACUGCUUGCAGGGGUAGUUCAAAUGUAUGAUCAGAUGAGUUAGAGACACUUGGAGAGAAAGGAGAAUACUUGUUAAUGAAGUCUUCUGAGGACUGUAAGAAUACUAUGUUUACUGUGAAUGAAGAAGAGGGAGUUUCCAUUAACAUCGAUUAUAUCCCUGAAGACUUGGCAUGUAUCCUUCAGGUUGAAAACAAAGGAAAUUAUUCAUCAAGUCUCAGAUUCAUUGAAGAAGAUUACCAUAAUUUUGAUGCUUAUGUUUUUGAAAAGAACUCCUAUCACUCCAAAUUUGAGCCAAGAGGUCACUUCAGCUUCUCCAACUCCACAACCCCUACCCAAAACGACUUCCACAUCUGGUACGACAACACCUCCUUCAUCAUUCUCACCGUCAAAGACCCAAACCAAGGUCCUGGCCACUUCAAAUCAACCGCCGUCCCACUUCCCGCACCCGAAGAAGACACGCUCAAAUCCCAACUUUAUCCCCCAAAAAUCCCAAAUUUCCUCUCUAAAAUUCUAAAAUUUCUUCCUAAAUUUCUUAACAAAAUUAAAUUUUAUUAAGAAAUUUCCCAACCUCUGUAUCGAACAUAUUAGGAAGCACAAUCGUAUCAUUCUCAUGCAAGGUUUGUUUUUCCUUGCAAGUGUAGUCGGAUGCGUUUUUUGCUGCUUGUUUUGCUUCUCUGUUAAGAGGGAUGCUUUUAAGCUAGCUCCUGUUGUCCAUCAUGAAUUAGGAGCACAUGAUGCUGAAAGUUAUAUGGUUGACUCCAAGCAGCUGCUCCAGAAAGAAGAUAUUCAGAGCAAAAACCCUAAUCUGUUCUGUACAAAUGAACUUGGAGAAGUUAGGUACAGAAUGGUGCAAGCUCCGUAUUAAGGUGCUUACCUAAUAGGUUAGAUUCAAACAAGAAGGGAAGCCUCGGAUAAUUUCUGGAUGAAGAUGACUCUGAUUUUUAAGAGUAGCUCUUAAAUCCAAAACAGAGAUUUUACCUUUAAUUAUUUGCUAGGAACUAACCUUAUGGAAACUUAUUUCGUUUUCUUGUCUCAAU